AUGCUCAGCUCCAGACCGCUAUCUAUCCAUAUUGACAAUCCUUCAGAGUAUGGUCAAACAAAGACUCCAGGACGGGCUCAUCACACUGGCCGCAAGGAGAAUGCCGUUCGAUACGGAGGCGGGAAGAGUAACAAUGGCAAGCACUACAAGGCUUCCUUGCAAACGCCCGCUCGGGACGAUUCCAUAAAGCCACAAACGCUCCUCAAAGAAGGACAAAGCAAACUAACCACUACAAUCUCCCGACCUCUUGGCGACAAAACCCCAUUCCACCGCAACGAUACCAAACCUAGACUUGACUUCGCUCCUCUUGGGCCUGAAAAACUUGACGCAGUCAACUUUGGUGACAUAGUCCCUGGAGAAGCCCUUCUCCGUCCCAGCUCGACACGCAAGAGCAUCCGUGGGCGCCGGAGCUCUGCGGGCGGCACGACCCUGGACUUCACCAAUCUCAAGACACCUUUCACCAAGGGGAAUCAUUGGGAUGUGAGCGAUCUUGACAUUCCAGCUGAUGUGGCCGAAGCAGAGGGGGAGGUGGAAGCCGUCGAGCAGGAAGAUUAUGACGAGGUAGAGUAUAUGCCUCCUACUGCUGUCGAAUCUCCUUACGAGCCUACAUUCCCGAUGCCAGACUAUAAGAUUACUGGUGCCGCCCUCUGGUCGGCGAUGCAUUCCUACCAGGAGGAUGAUGCGGCAGACGUCUUUCACCUUGAACAGAGCAAGUUUCACGAAGCAUCUCUCGACGUAACUGUGCCUGCCUCACAAUUCGAAAUGCUCCCUCUUCGUGAGCUGGUAGAUGACGAUGAUCCCUUUGCAUUGCCUCGAUCCACGAAAUCAUCCUCUACGAGCAUCACUAGUCAUGCAUCGAAAGCAAGUCUAAGACAGACUAUAGCUUCAAAGUCGAUGACUAGACCUACAACUACUAGACCGACCAUACCAACACAAACACGAUCGGUCACAACCGCCACCUCCCGGUCUACUCCCGCUAUUUCCAAGCCUCGAACCAUCCCUACUGGUUCAGCCUUUACCAGCGGCCAUGCGCGUUCGUCCUCUAGGCCAACGGCCACCACCAUUCCUCGCCCAGGCACAUCUAUAGGCACCACUAGAUCUACAGCUAAAACAACAGCACCAGUUCGAGCUGCGAGUGUUGCGGCCAUCAAACGUACCGCUACGUCCACUGCUGCACGUACCGCUCCACCUGUCCGUUCCGCUACAACGACGAAUAUUGGCAUACGGAAACCGCUGGCAAAGGAGCGCCCAGGUGCCGCUAUAGCGUCCGGGCCAAGCACAUCUAGAGCAUCCACUUUAAUAAAGCGCGUCCCAACGGAGGAGCUUGUCCUCGACUUUGACGACGCCAUGGUGGGGAUAGAUGGGCAUGGAGAUGAUUUUCAGUUCGACGUAUGAGGCGCAUUGAAGUUCGUGGAGUGACAGGAUGUAUUAGGUCACAGCUUACUACACUGCAUGUUGCAUUUGUACAUUUCUAUAUUUUCAUAUCUAAUCUGCGCGUACACUCAUUGCUAU